AUGGCCGACGAAAUCUCGGAAAAGACCAAUGUCGAGGCCAACAUUGGUCCAUCGAGGGCCUCGAGUCGCCAUGAGUCGACAUCAGACGCCGAAAAGCCCGCGCAGGGCGACCAGGCUCUGACAAAGCUGGACUCAAAGGUCGUGCAGGCCGUCAAGGAAGACAAUGACGACCCGUUUCGAAAUCUGCCUGCAGCAGAAGCCGACAUCCUCAAGAGACAAGUCAUCACGCCCGAAGUCAAGGUCGGCGUUGCCAUACUGUACCGCUAUGCUUCGCGCAACGACCUGCUCAUCAUGUUCGUCAGCGCCAUCUGUGCCAUUGCUGGAGGUGCUGCCUUGCCUCUCAUGACCGUCAUCUUUGGUAAUCUGCAGGGCACUUUCCAAGAUUAUUUCCAGCAAAAGACAACCUACGACGACUUCACGUCUGCUAUGGGUCACCUUGUCCUCUACUUUGUAUAUCUGGCCAUUGGAGAGUUUAUCACCAUUUACGUCGCCACCGUGGGUUUCAUUUAUACUGGUGAACACAUUAGUGCCAAGAUCCGAGAACACUAUCUUCAGAGCUGCAUGCGCCAGAACAUUGGUUUCUUCGACAAGGUGGGCGCCGGAGAGGUCACCACUCGAAUCACUGCCGACACCAACCUGAUUCAAGACGGUAUCUCUGAGAAGAUUGGAUUGACCCUGACCGCCCUCGCCACCUUCAUCUCGGCUUUCGUCAUUGGCUUUGUGGAAUACUGGAAGCUGACCUUGAUCCUCAUGUCCACUGUCGUGGCCAUCACCCUGCUCAUGGGCACUGCUUCGCAGUUCAUGAUCAAAUUCAACAAGAGCUCUAUUGAGGCCUAUGCUCAGGGAGGCACUGUCGCCGAAGAGGUCAUCUCGUCCAUCAGAAAUGCUGUUGCUUUCGGAACCCAGGAUCGCCUCGCAAAGCAAUACGAUGCCCACCUGAUUCGUGCUGAAAAGUACGGUUUCAAGGUCAAGGCCACCAUUGGUUUCAUGGUCGCCGGCAUGAUGCUCCUCGUCUACCUCAACUAUGGUUUGUCCUUCUGGAUGGGCUCCACCUACCUGAUUGACGGCAGUAUUCCCCUGUCCAAGGUCUUGAUCAUUAUGAUGUCCGUCAUGAUCGGAGCCUUCAACCUUGGUAAUGUGGCGCCCAAUAUUCAAGCCUUUGGUACAGCCAUCGCCGCUGCUGCCAAGAUCUUCAACACCAUCGACCGCCAAUCCCCUCUGGACCCGACCAAUGAUGCUGGUGACAAGCCCGAAACUGUCGAGGGAACCAUUCGUCUAGAGAAUGUGAAGCACAUUUACCCGUCUCGUCCCGAUGUUGUCGUCAUGAGGGAUGUUUCUCUCGAAAUCCCUGCCGGAAAGACAACUGCGCUCGUGGGAGCUUCGGGUUCUGGAAAAUCGACCAUUGUCGGCCUUGUUGAGCGUUUCUACGACCCUGUCGGUGGCAAAGUCUAUCUCGAUGGCCGUGACAUUAGCACCCUGAAUCUGCGCUGGCUCCGACAGCACAUCUCUCUCGUCAGUCAGGAGCCUACCCUGUUUGGCACGACCAUUUACGGCAACAUCAAGUACGGUCUUAUUGGUACCGAUUUUGAGAACGAGAGCGAGGACAAGCAACGUGAGCUUGUUAUUGAGGCUGCAAAGAAGGCCAAUGCGCAUGACUUUAUCUCGAGUCUCCCUGAAGGAUACGAAACCAAUGUUGGCGAGCGUGGUUUCCUGUUGUCCGGUGGACAAAAGCAGCGUAUUGCUAUCGCUCGAGCCAUUGUUUCUGACCCCAAGAUUCUCCUGCUUGAUGAAGCCACCAGUGCCCUUGACACCAAGUCUGAAGGCGUUGUCCAGGCCGCUCUCGAGGUUGCUGCUGCUGGCCGGACCACCAUCACUAUUGCCCACCGUUUGUCCACUAUUAGAGAUGCUCACAACAUUGUUGUCAUGUCUCAGGGUUCUAUUGUUGAACAGGGUACUCACGAUUACUUGCUCGAGCAGCGCGGCGCCUACUACAAACUCGUCAAUGCUCAGAAUAUUGCUGCUGUCAAUGAAAUGACGGCAGAUGAACAGGAGGAGAAUGAUGCCGCAGAGGAGAAGCUCAUGAAACAGAUUAGUGCAAAGGACGGUACAUCGGCCUAUAUUGAGGACCCUGAUGACAACAUUCAGGCCAACCUGAAGCGUUCCACUACGCAGGGCUCCGCUUCAAGCAAAGCACUCCAAGGACGCAAGCCCGAGGAACAGCACAAGUACAGCCUCAUGACUCUCAUCAAGUUGAUUGCGUCCUUCAACCGCGAAGAGUGGAAGCUCAUGGUCUGGGGUCUUUUCUGGUCAGUGAUUUGCGGUGGUGGCAACCCUACACAGGCUGUCUUCUUUGCCAAACAAAUCAUGACUCUCAGUGUAACCUUGACGCCAGAAAAUGAACAUCAGGUCAAGAAGGAUAGCGACUUUUGGAGCGCCAUGUAUCUAAUGCUUGCUUGGGUUCAAUUCGUCGCCUAUAUCCUCCAAGGUAUCGCCUUUGCGAGAUGUUCCGAGAGACUGAUUCAUCGUGUCAGAGAUCGUGCUUUCAGAACCAUGCUUCGACAGGACGUUGCCUUUUUCGAUCGGGAUGAGAACACUGCUGGUGCCCUUACCUCAUUCCUUUCGACCGAAACCACUCAUGUCGCAGGUAUCAGCGGUGCCACUCUGGGCACAUUGCUCCUGGUGACCACGACUCUUGUUUCGGCCUUGGUUGUAGCCUUGGCCGUUGGCUGGAAGUUGUCCUUGGUUUGCAUUUCGACAAUCCCGAUCUUGCUGGGCUGUGGUUUCUUCCGAUUCUACAUGCUUGCUCACUUCCAGCGUCGCUCCAAGCGAGCCUACGAGCAAUCUGCCACUUUCGCAUCCGAGGCCAUUUCCGCCAUCAGAACUGUCGCGUCUCUCACUCGUGAGGAUGAUGUUCUGAAGCAGUACCAGUCUGCGCUUGCUGCUCAGCAGCGAUCCAGCUUGAUAUCUGUUCUCAAGUCCAGUCUUCUUUACGCCGCCUCGCAGUCCUUCCUGUUCCUGGCUUUUGCUCUUGGCUUCUGGUACGGUGGAACACUGAUUGCCAAGUACGAGUACAGCAUGUUCCAGUUCUUCCUCUGCUUCUCGGCCAUUAUUUUUGGCGCCCAGUCUGCCGGCACGGUCUUCUCCUUUGCCCCUGAUAUGGGCAAGGCGCAUCACGCUGCAGCUGAGCUCAAGACCCUGUUCGACCGCAAGCCUGUCGUGGAUGCGUGGUCUGAGGAUGGAGAGCGCCUCGAGGCUGUCGAUGGAACCAUCGAGUUCCGUGAUGUUCACUUCCGCUACCCGACCAGACCUGAGCAGCCUGUGCUACGCGGUCUCAACUUGACUGUCCGCCCUGGCCAAUACGUGGCUCUUGUGGGCGCAUCUGGCUGUGGCAAGUCUACCACUAUUGCUCUUUUGGAGCGAUUCUAUGACCCCCUCGUCGGUGGUGUUUAUAUCGAUGGAAAGGAAAUCAGCUCCCUCAACGUCAAUGAUUAUCGGUCCUUCAUUGCCCUCGUUUCCCAAGAGCCCACGCUUUACCAAGGUACCAUUAAAGAGAACAUUCUGCUGGGUGCACCCCAUGAGGUCAGCGACGAGGCCGUCGAGUUUGCGUGUAAGGAGGCCAACAUUUUCGAGUUCAUCAUGUCCCUGCCCGAUGGCUUCAACACGGUUGUGGGCAGCAAGGGUGCACUUCUCUCUGGUGGUCAGAAGCAGAGAAUUGCCAUUGCUCGCGCCUUGAUUCGUGACCCCAAAAUUCUACUUUUGGACGAGGCUACUUCGGCCUUGGACUCUGAGUCCGAGCACGUCGUCCAGGCAGCUCUGGACAAGGCGGCCAAGGGACGGACGACGAUUGCCGUGGCACACCGUCUUAGCACCAUUCAGCGCGCCGAUAUCAUCUAUGUGUUUGACCAAGGCCGCAUUGUCGAGGAGGGUACGCACUCGGAGCUGAUGCGCAAGAAUGGACGGUACGCCGAGCUUGUCAAUCUGCAGAGUCUGGAGAAGCACCGAUAA